UGAUCAGUGCGGUUUGAGGCGUCGCGGCGUUCGGUUUUGAUUUCAAAAAGUAGCGCUAGUUUCGAAGCAACAAAAGAAUAGAAGAGAACGAUUUUAAAGCGCAGUUUCCGUUACGUUUUGUGUGUGUCCGUGUGUGUGCGUGUGUGUGCGUGGUCUUACAGACACGAUGAGCCAUUGGUACCGCAACUAUGCGCCCAGUUGGAUACAGCGCUGGUGGCAUCCAUCGCCGCCAGCCAGGCCGGUGAAUCCCUUUCGCAGCAUACGACCCGGUCCCGAUAUUGCAAAUGCCGGCAGCUCAGCGGUGCUGGGCGUGCAGCGUGUGGAUCUCUGUUUGGCGGACAACCAUGUCGAGCAUCACACGAGUCACUUCUAUGCGGCGGCCGCGAAGGAGGCGCUGAUCGUGCGGCGCGGCGAACCGUUUCGGCUGCGGAUCAUCUUCGACCGGGAUUAUAGUCCCAGCAAGGAUGCGAUUAGCUUCAUUUUCAGCGUGGCCGAUGACAGCAAACCGAGUCCGGGCCACGGCACACUGACGGCUCUGGUGCCGCACGACGGCAUCGAUUAUCUGGGCGAUCCGCUGGAAUGGGGCGCCGGCAUUGAGUCGCACGAGGGUCAGAUACUCACGGUGCUGGUGAAGCCGCCGGCCAGCUGCUCCGUAACCGAAUGGCGUCUGGAUAUCGAUACCAAGCUGCUGGGCGAUGGCUCGCGCAGCUACCAGCUGCCCCUGCCCGUCUAUGUGCUCUUCAAUCCCUGGUGUCCCGACGAUCAGGUCUACAUGGCGGAUCGGGAGCAGCGCAAGGAGUAUGUCAUGCACGAUACGACCUUGAUCUGGCGUGGCUCCUACAAUCGCUUGCGUCCGUCCGUCUGGAAGAUAGGCCAGUUCGAGCGCCAUGUGCUGGAGUGCAGCCUCCGUGUCCUGGGCACCGUGGGACGCAUUCCGCCUGCCUAUCGGGGCGAUCCGGUGCGCGUGGCUCGUGCGCUUUCCGCUCUGGUUAACUCCGUCGAUGAUGACGGCGUGCUGCUGGGCAACUGGACGGAGGAUUUCUCGGGCGGCACAGCGCCCACCAAGUGGACGGGCUCCGCGGAGAUAUUGCAACAGUUCCACAAGACACAGAAAUCCGUGAAGUUUGCUCAGUGCUGGAAUUUCAGCGGCGUCUUGGCGACCAUAGCCCGUGCUCUGGGCAUUCCGGCCCGUGUCAUCACUUGCUACUCCUCCGCCCACGAUACGCAGGCCUCGCUCACGGUCGAUGUGUUCAUUGAUGCCAACAACAAGAAACUGGAGGCGGAGACAACGGACUCCAUUUGGAAUUAUCACGUGUGGAACGAGCUGUGGAUGCAGCGGCCGGAUCUGGGCAUUGGCCAGUUCGGUGCCUACGAUGGCUGGCAGGCGGUGGACGCCACACCCCAGGAGGCCUCGGACAAUAUGUACCGGGUGGGUCCCGCCUCCGUGCUGGCCGUCAAGCAUGGCGAGAUCCUGCGCCCCUUCGACUGCGGCUUCGUCUACUCCGAGGUGAAUGCGGAUAAGCUCUACUGGCGCUACAACGGACCCGCCCAGCCGCUCAAGCUGCUGCGCAAGGACACCCUGGCCAUUGGCCAUCUGAUCAGCACCAAGGCCGUGCUGAAGUGGGAGCGCGAGGAUAUCACCGACAGCUACAAAUACGCGGAACGCAGCGAGGAGGAGCGCAACUACAUGCUCAAGGCGCUGAAGCAAUCCAGCCACGCCUUCAGUCGAUACUAUCUCAACGACAACUUCAACGAGGUGGAGUUCAGCAUGGAGCUCAAGGAUGACAUCAAGGUGGGCGAGAAUUUCACGGUCGUCCUCAAGGUGAGCAACAAGAGCGCGGAGCGCACCCAUCAGGCUGCCGGGCAGCUCAAUUGCGAUGCCGUGCUCUAUACGGGCGUCGGUGCCCAGGAGGUGAAGAUCAUGGGCUUCGAGCUGGACCUGAAGCCGGAGAGCUCCGAAUAUGUGCGCAUGGAGGUCACCUUUUUCGAGUACUUCGAGAAGCUCUCGUCGCAGGCUGCUUUUCAGAUAUCCGCCGCCUGCCAUGUCAAGGAUACCGACUACGAUUACUAUGCCCAGGACGAUUUCCGUGUACGCAAGCCGGACAUCAAGUUCCAGCUGGGUGAAGGUGGCGCCGGCGGCAGCAUCGUGGCACAGCAGGAAACGGAUGUGAUUGUGCGUCUGCUAAAUCCAUUGCCCAUACCCCUGCACAAGGGACUGUUCACCGUGGAAGGACCUGGCAUAGAGCAGCCGCUCAAGUUUAAGAUUGCCGAAAUACCUGUUGGCGGCACGGCUGCAGCGACCUUUAAAUAUGUGCCACCUUAUGCCGGACGUGGUACAAUGCUUGCCAAGUUCUCCGCCAAGGAGCUGGACGAUGUGGAUGGCUACAAGCACUACGAGAUUGAGCCGCGACCCGGCGAUGUGCUGCAGCCCAACGGGAGUCACCGGAGCAGCAAUAUAAUACGCCGGCGCACGGAUGUUAUUCCCUGAACCAAGUGAACGAUGUCCUUCUGCAAGUCGUUAUUUUUUGUAUUUGUAGGUUAGGUAUUGCAUUUAGGUUUAUAGUUAAUGAUAAUUAUUGAUUAAAUAAGUUAAAAACA